AUGGACGUGGAAAACCGCCUCAAGGCCUACCGCUUCGUCGCCUACUCGGCCGUCACCUUCUCGGUGGUCGCCGUCCUCUCCGUGUGCGUCACCCUGCCCAUGGUCUACAACUACGUACACCAGGUGCGCAGACAGAUGCACAACGAAAUCACCUACUGCAAGGGCUCGGCCAAAGACAUCUGGGCCGAGGUGCAUCAACUCCGCAACCAGCCAUUCGGCGCCGCCAACCGUACCGCCCGUCAGGCCGGCUACGGAGACUCCGCCGGAGUUGGAGGUGGAGCCGCUGCUGGCGGCGGUGGUUGCGACGGAUGCUGCUUGCCCGGUCCACCAGGACCAGCCGGUACCCCAGGUAAACCAGGUCGCCCAGGAAAGCCCGGAGCUCCAGGUCUGCCAGGAAACCCAGGAAAACCACCAGUUCAACCAUGCGAACCAGUCACCCCACCACCAUGCAAGCCAUGCCCACAAGGACCACCCGGCCCACCAGGCCCAGCCGGACCACCAGGAGACGCUGGUGCUCCAGGACAGCCAGGAAACCCAGGACAAGAUGCCGCCCCAGGAGAGCCAGGACCAAAGGGACCACCCGGACCACCAGGACAACCCGGUCAACCAGGUGCCCCAGGAGAGCCAGGAGCUCCAGCCGUCUCGGAACCAAUUGUUCCAGGCCCACCAGGUCCAGCCGGUGACCAAGGACCACCCGGACCACCAGGCCCACCAGGACAACCAGGAGCCGACGCCGGACCAGGACCAGCCGGACCAAAGGGACCACCAGGCCCACCAGGACCACCAGGAAACGACGGUCAACCAGGUCAGCCAGGACAAGCUGGACCACCAGGCUCAGCCGGAGAAAAGGGUAUCUGCCCCAAGUACUGCGCCAUCGACGGUGGAGUGUUCUUCGAAGACGGUACCAGACGUCGUUAA